CGAAAACAACCACAAAUGAAAUGAAUGAAUGAGUGAGUGAGAGUAAUGACCACAAAUGAAUUUAGCCAUACGACUUGAGGCUGAAAACAUGAAAAAUCACAGGAGAGCAUAGCUAGAGGUCUUUGAAGUUUUGAAACUUAUUAUUUAUUAUUUUAUCCUACAUUCAGUUCAGAAAUAAGAUGGAUUUGGAAGAAAGAGAAGAUGAAGAGUUGGAUACAACUAGUAAUGCUAAUAGUGGUAGUAGCCAAAUGAACUGUGUGUUCAAGAGUGGACUCACUGUGGGAAAGAAGAUAUUAGCGGUUGGUGUUGUAGCCACUUCUGUUCCUCUUGUUCUUCCAGCUUUUGUAGUUGCUUCUGCUAUUGGUCUUGCUGUUUCUAUGCCUUGUGCUGUCUUUUAUGUUAGCCAUACUUGCACUCAGAAUUUAAUGAGUAAGUUGCUUCCUAAGCCUACAUCUCAGGAACAGGGUCCCCUGCUACUUGAACAUGUGUGUUUUAAGCCAAAUAUUGAUGACAUUACACAUGUAAAGGAUGAAGCAAUUGAAAAGACAGAAAAUGAAAUGGUUGGUGUUAAUUGUCAGAAUAAUAUGAUGUUUUCUCAUGAUUAUGGAAAAGGGGUUUUGAAAGAGGAGGAGGAGGCUGUCGAGCCGGAAUUGUUACAUUCAAGUGAUGUUAAUUAUGAUGUCGUCCAACACAAUGGUUCUGAGAAAGGUAGUACUGAUUAUUUCUCUGAGGAGAAAGAGGAGGGUGAAACUUUACCAUUGAAGGGUGAAAUAUAUGGUGGAAUGGAAAAAAGUAACAUGGAAAAGGCGAUGAGUGGAGCGACAAGUUUUGAUGAGAGUGAAGAAUUUCAAGCACCUUUUGAUUUUGGUGUCACAACUACUAUUGUUUUAGAGGAAUGUGAGGAUCAUGAGGUUAAAGAGGGUGAUAUAGAGGAAGAAGAGAUGCGGAAAGAAACAAAGGGGUUAUUAGAAAAAAUUAGAGAUGAAGGUAGGAAUGAUAUGAGAGGAGAAUAUGAAAAAGGAGUUCAAGAUAUUGGUCCAGUUGUUGAAAAUAUGGAAGUAGGAGAGGAAGAGAAACAGAAUUUGGGAAAUGGAGAUGAAAUAAGGAACCAACAAGAAGAUUCAAGAGUAUGUAAGGAGAUGGUUCCGUCAAGAAAUGAUGAUAAUAAGGAUAUUGUUUUCAAUGAGGUGGUAGAAUCAAGUGAAAAUGCAAGAGGUGUGUUAGAGUUAGAGGUUGAUGGUUCAAAUGACUCGCAGAAGCCAAUCGAUGAAACUUCUGAAUCUGAACUGCUGGAUGGAAGAGGUUUCCAAUAUGAUACGGUUUCAGAUGAACUGAUCGGAGAUUUGCUGAUGGAAAUGCAGCUUCUUAAUACUUUGGUAGCUGAGGACUUGUCUGAGGUUAACGAUGAAAAAACAGAUACACGUGAAAAUUUUGAUGAGGAACCGGAGCCUACUAUAUUACAGAAAGCGGUAUUAGAUGAUGACGUAUCUGAUGUGAAUCAAGAAAUGCAUUUGCACGAAGAUAAUAAAAGAAUGGACUCAUCAGAUGCAGAUGCAGUAGAAAUUGCUUAUGAAAGUGAGCUUCACUUGAGUGACGAAAACAAAAUCGAUUCGGAUGCGCACUCAUAUACAGUUGAUUUGCAUGAAGAAUCUUCAAAUGUUAAAGUUGGUAUGCAUACAGAUUCGAUGGAGGUUCUUGUUUCGUCCCUAGAACUGGAAUCUAGGACAUCUGAAUGUUCCUCUGAAAAAAACAUUGUUUGCCCUUCUGAAGAGCUUUUGCAGGUUUCAUUCAACAAAGAGAACAUAUGGAAACAAAUUAAUGUCAUCCGGAAGAUAAUAGGAUAUGAAGCUACAAACCAAACAUCAUAUGCAGAUGAAUUGAAGGCUCUCUACAUCUUCACUGGAGUUGAACCUCCCACUUUUCUCAAAGAGAACCCCUUCGACCCUGCCGAAAUCAAUGAAAAGCUCCACUUUCUCAUGUCCAUUGUGGGAAUUAAGACGGAUGCGCCUUAGAGUGAUAGUAUGUGACACAUCUGUAUAUUGUUUUCUAAUUUAUAUAAGCUUCAUUUGUGUUUUCUUUUUAAACUAAGUCUCUAAGGGUUUCUUUAUGUUCAGAAAUUAAUGCAAGUCGCAGAUUAUGCGAUGGACUAAGCUUUUCAUUUUAUUUGUGAAUCAGUACUCCAUUUGUGAGUUGAUGCUAGCAGGUUCCAUGGUUUUAAAUUGCGGUUUCAUGGUUUUAAA